GCGUCAAUUCGUUACAGUGACUGCGCCUCCCAGCUCUUGCCCACUAAAAUGUCAAUUUAUAUCGCGUCUUUCGCUUGAUUCAGCCAAAACAAAGCCCCAUCCCAAUGUCCGGCAGCACGACGUCGCUUCUUAGGCGCCCAGCGAUCAUAGCGGCACGCCGUGGCUCGACACGGGCUCGCCGCACCGUUCCACGACCAGCCUGGGCUCGACUGGCUUGGCUCAAUACUGUCCUCCUCCUCGUCUUCGCUGUCCUCCACCUCAUCGUCCUGAUUUAUGGUUGUGUCCGCGCACGCGGCUUGAACGCCGCCUGGAUCCUCUACCAAGGCCCUUGCUCCCAAUCCAAGACGAUCAACCUGUUCCUACACCUGCUUCUCAACGUCUUCAGUACUCUGAUACUGGCCUCAUCUAACUACUUCAUGCAGAUUCUCAAUGCACCAUCCCGAGUUGAACUCGACCGCGCCCAUGCUCGCUCCGGUUGGGUCAACAUUGGAGCCCCGUCAAUGCGCAACUUUCUCUACCUUGGGCCUGUCAAGUUUACCUGCUGGCUCAUCUUGGCCUGCAGCUCCGUUCCUAUUCACCUUUUCUUUAACUCGCUUGUAUUUCAGGCUGCAGAAGUUCGGUCUGGUUUCGGAAUGACGAUUGCAGCCGAGAGUUUCGUCAAAGGCGCCCAGUACUAUGAACCUGGUGCAAGCCUGUGGAAUACUGCUGUGCCGAACGAUUGUAGCAGUAGCUUGAGUAAAGAACUCUGUAAAGAUGGUCUUUUUGGUAACGGCACAAAUGGAGACAUGUCAGGCGGCAUCAUCGAUCCGGUGACAUGGAUGAACAAAACGUCCGAAGAGAGCUUGAAUAUCUCGAGAGCGGCUAGCGAGGCGAGCACAUCGUGGCAGCGGCUUGAUCCCGCCGACUGCCGUUCCAAUUUCCUAUACUGCGACAAGGGCACUGGGCUAAAGGGUUACCGAAGCGUACUGCUGGUGGUCAAUGCAAGUGAAUCUGGCACAUCUGGCUGGAAGCGCGAUGAGGUUUUUCCCAACAUGACGAACGUAGACGACAAAUUUUGGGACGAUAUGAUUCCUGCCAAAGAGACGAAUUCACUCUGGUACUAUGAGUAUUGCCAGAUUGCGACAGCAUUCGAUAACGGCAAAUGUCACAAUACGUGCAAAACCAGCCUGGGAUUCGACCAAAUCGUGGUUGAGAGCCCUUCCGAGGUCGACCCAAAGAACGAUACUAGCGGUUCCACCUGGAGCUUCUCUUUCUGGGGCCCCAAGUCACUAGAGAAAAACAUUCUCAAGGCACAGAUGCGUGGUGGCUUUGACGUCAGUUACAACACUUUGAAUGUGUCGUACUGCCUGGCAGAGAAAGAGGAGCAACAGUGCAAGAUUGGCGUGCCAAACCUACUUCUUCUAGUGGCACUUCUCUGUGUGCUCGUCAAGCUUUCUCAGUGCAUCUUCGUCAUGGUCCGGUAUGUUUCGAACGGCACGGGAGAUCUGCUGGUGACACCAGGCGAUGCUAUCAAGUCGCUGAUCUGUCGGCCUGAUCCGACAACCACUCGCAUGUGUACGCUGGAGAUGCGAGACGUUCAGUUCACCUGGGACAGGCUCUUGGGAGCAUCGAGGAGAUACAAGGGCUACCGUAGAGAAGCAUACGGCGUUGAGAUGCUCCACGGCGAUGUCGAGCACGAGUUCCUCGCCCCACAAGCGCGUCAAUGGAAAGCCCAAAGGCGGCGCUUCUUUCGGGCUCUUCCUAUCAAUGUGUGGCUCAGAACGUAUGCCAUACUCCUGGCUGUGCUGAUCGCUGCUAUAUACUACUUCUACCAAGCCACCGGCGGCAAAUUCCAAGCAUCUGGAGCCUUCGGUAGCAGCGGCAUCAAUAAUUUCGUCACCCUGGAUGGGAGCCUGGGUUUAUCGAACCAGUUUACCGGCGACUUUGUUCGCUUGGUCCUCCUUGCCAACAUCCCGCAACUCAUUCUUUCGAUAUCAUACUUGCAGUUCAACUCUUUGAUCACCAAGAUAUUCAUGGCCAAGGAAUGGGCCCAGAUGAGCACGGAGUACCGUCCACUUCGAGUAACGGAGCCUCAAGGGGACCAGGUCUCGACGUACCGACUUCAACUGCCCUAUAGAUGGGGGGUACCGUGCAUCCUCGCAAGUGUCUUGCUUCAUUGGCUGGCGUCUAGUUCUUGCUAUUUGUUUAUGGCUGAUGGAGGCUUCUAUGGCUCGAUCAUGGGCAGCCCGACGACAAGUGCCAACUCGAUGGGCCUCUCGGGGUUUGGCUUUAUCGCUGUGGGAUACUCCACGAUCGCAAUCAUGGUAGCGAUUGUGGUCUUCGCAGUCGUCAUCAGUGUCCCCUUGCUGCUUUCAAUGCGAAGACUGCCAGGUGACAUGGUCAUUGUGGGAAGCAACUCUCUCGCAAUUGCUGCAGCCUGUCAUGCCUCUAAAGCCUCCAAGGUCGAUAUUUCUGACUGUAGUGUAAAGACGGAUACUUCCGGGCGUGAGACUGACAUGGAGCUGACAGUCUAUCCUCAUCAUAGGGAAGAAGAAGGUGACGAUAGGCGGACAUUGUUGAUCUAUGCGAGAAUUGCAGAGAGCAAGGUCAAAUGGGGAGUUGUGAGAAUGGAAGACUUCUUCUAUAACGAGCUUAAAGAUGAGGUGGAUGUCAAUGAGAUUGGGCAUCUUAGUUUCGGGGUUCAGGAGGAUGCGGUAGGAAAGCCUGAGUUUCAAAAAUGGUAUAUCUAAAAGAUGUUAGCACAUUGAUACUUCGCGGGAAUGUCCAAAGGGAUACUCUUCGGGGGUGCCUUGAUCUCAAGUUUUGAUGUAACCUUCGGAAUAAGGUUGAGCUACCCGCUUGGUUAUAACUUGUUGCUUGCUCGUCAUUCCUUGGUGUAACUACGAACGGGAAUGGCACGGGUCAACAGGUAUCUGCACAGGAUAGGC